AUGUGUGCUCAGUCUAUUCAGAGGCUCCUGGUCGCAAACAGAGGCGAAAUCGCUGUCCGUAUUCUCCAAGCUGCACGCGAGCUUUCUCCGUCAAUUGAGACAUUUGCUCUUUAUACAGAUGAUGACCGUUCUCACUGUGAUCUUGGCCGUCCCCACCACGCAGUGCGGGUACCGUCUGCUGCAGCCUACUUGGACAUUCUGUUGCUCGUUAACCUGAGCCGCGAAUACCACAUUGACUUUGUGCACCCCGGAUAUGGCUUCCUUAGCGAGAGUGCAGAAUUUGCCAGUCGUAUGCAUGAUGUUGGAGUUACCGUCAUUGGCCCUGGACCCGAGAUCCUGGUCUGCACAGGAGACAAACUCAAAGCCAAGCAGUUGGCAAUGCAAUGUGAAGUUCCCGUCUUGCCGGCUAUGUCAAGUCCCACCUCUGACUUGGUAGAAAUAUGCACGUUUGCGCGGCAGGUUGGGUAUCCCAUUAUGAUCAAGGCGGUUGAUGGUGGAGGGGGCCGUGGCAUCCGUUUGGUGCGGCAGGAAGGCGAGCUGGAGCAUGCCGUGCGGGCAGCAACUAACGAGUCACCAUCGCAGACAGUCUUUGUGGAAAAGGCCGCUGUGGAUGGAUUUCACCACCUUGAGGUCCAAAUCGUGGGUGAUGGUAUUGACGUGUGUCACCUUUGGGAGCGUGACUGUAGCUUGCAGCGUCGUUUCCAGAAGGUCAUUGAAUUUGCUCCGUCGCUUAUGCAAAGCCGGGAUGUGGUAGAGCAAGUAGUGAACGCCGCCCUUCGCAUGGCAAAGGCAAUUCGAUACCGGUCUCUUGGAACGGUCGAAUUUCUAGUUCACGACCACCGAAGGGAGUUCUAUUUCCUCGAGAUCAAUCCUCGCCUGCAGGUGGAGCAUACCAUUACUGAGAACAUUACCGGUGUGGAUUUGGUGCAGACACAGCUACAACUUGCUAUGGGAUUAUCGCUCGCCCAAGUUGGCUUGCUGAAGGACCACACAACACAGACUCAGGGCCACUCUAUCCAGCUGCGAUUGUGCGCCGAAGACCCAAGUAGGGAUUUCCACUUGAGUAUAGGUAAAAUCACUGAGUUUGUUGUACUGAGUGGUCACGGCGUUCGUAUUGACACCCAUGUUGAUACGUCAGGAUCAAGCCCCGUUACGGUUGGAGCAAACUUUGAUAACAUGUUGGCAAAGAUCAUCGUCACUGCGACCAGCUGGGAGGCAACAGUGUCGAAAGCCCGGCGAGUGCUAACCGAUACCAAAAUAUCUGGAGUGCAGACCAAUUUGAAUCUGUUACGAGGAAUCCUUUCCCAUGAUAACCUUUUGACAGGACAGAUCGAUACACAAUGGCUGGAAAGACACCUUGGACAGGUGAUCCCAAUUGGAGAGACGAUUGCUCAAUCUGUUCGCCAUGAAGCAUCUGCACAACCAUUUCGUUCGCUCAUGAUGCCGAGUAGUUCUUCAUCCAAUCUUCUAUUCCGUCCUGGAGAUGCAUGGUCAAUCACCCUAAAGCCCCUAGGGACCGUGGAGCAGCGGCAGCACCACCUCCAACUCACUCGAGUUUUGCAAAAUGAUUUUCCUACUUCUAUGGCCGCAGAGGUCAAAUAUACCACUCCGUCUUCUUCCAUGGCCUAUCAACUGCAGCUGAAAAGCACAUCUGCAACUGCAUCUGCUCUAGUGUCAUCUUCUCAUCGCCGUGGCGAUGUGUACAAUCCCCGCCAUAUCGUGCUUCCUCUCUCUGGGAAGUUGAUUGAAGUCUUGGUGGCAGCUGGGGACCAGGUGGUGGAGAACCAAGUAGUGGCAUUUGUAAAGCAGAUGAAGAUGGAGCUUGAGGUGCGAAGCCCACGAGGCGGCCGAGUUCAGUGGGUAUAUCAGAUGGAUGAAGAGGACGAAGACGUGGCAGAGGGUAUGUUGUUGGUGGAACUAGAGGAAGAAGUCCGGGGCAAGUUGUAG